AUGGAGGAAGCCGAGGAGGAGAGGACGGAAAGAGGGGAGGGGGAGAGAGAGAAAGGAACAAUGGAGGGAGUCGGGGAGGACAGCAAGGAAGGAAGGAAGGGGGAGAGAGAGAAAGGAACAAUGGAGGAAAUCGGGGAGGAGAGAAAGGAAGGAGGGGGGGAGAGAGAGAGAAAGGAACAAUGGAGGAAGGAGGGGAGGAGAGGACGGAAGGAGGAGGGGGAGGGAAGGAAAAAUGGAAGAAGCCGGGGAGGAGAAAAGGAAAGAGGGGAGGGAGAGAGAGAGAAAGGAACAAUGGAGGAAGCCGGGGAGGAGAGGACGGAAGGAGGAGGGGGAAGGAAGGAAAAAUGGAAGAAGCCGGGGAGGAGAAAAGGAAAGAGGGGAGGGAGGAGAGAGAAGAACAAUGGAGAAGUAGGGAGGAGAGAAAGGACAAAUAUUAGUGUUAACGGGAAGAGUAAAAACACUUUAGGAAAUGGUGGCAAAUGA